UUUUAACAAGUAUGUAUACAUGGUAUAGUAGAAGAUAUUGAUUUGAAUGGAUGAUGAAAGGGAGAUAUGGAUUUGUGAAGUGUUCUUAUGAAAAGUAAUCUUGGGAAAUUGUUGUGGGACUUUGGAGGUUCGAGUGUAUGUAAAUUAUACAUAAAGGGAUAAUAGAAAAAUAUCUUGUUUAUAAAGAUAUUGUUUAUAACUAUAACGUUAUGUAGGAUAAGAUGUGGGAGUGGUGAUGCACUGACUGAUUUAACCCGCACAAAAUUCUUUAUCCUAUCUUUAUUUCUACAUUAUGUUAGUUUGUUAGCAAGUAGUGAUGUAACUAAGUAUCGCCGCUUAGAACAAUAGUGCUUCAAGAUAAUGUUAUUGUACAUAGUACAGUGUCAUGCAUUAACAAUAUUUUCUGAUUCAAGACUGCGAAAAACCACUAAUCAAGACAUUUGACCAAUCAAGAUUUGACUAAUCAUGACUUGACUAAUCAAAACUAACAACACACUCUCGUUCGCAGGAGACGGUAACAGUUCAAUGAUCUACGAAUUGCCGGUCCGAUUUCGACCUUUCCUCAACUACGAAGAAAGUUUACGAAACUACAUCCUGAUGUACCUGUACCAAUUCCCAGUGGUGUGGGUAGGUUUAUUCCAUACAACUACUGCCAGCCUAAUACUGAACCUGGCAUUGCACGUGUGUGGUAAAUUUUCGAUUUUGUCGUAUCGUAUACAAAAUAUCGUAGAGGACUCGGAAAAAUCGUUCCAAGUAAAAGUUAAGGAGUUAGUGCGAAGACACGUGGAACUAAUAGCGGUAGCAAAUACUAUCAAUUCUGCACUUCAAUAUAUACUCGCGCUGGAACUUCUGCAGUCAAGUAUCAGGGUAGCUGUAUCGCUGUACACGAUACUUAUGCUGCGUGAUGACCAAAUUUUCGAACUGUGUACGUUCGUCAUGUACACUUCGAUAAUAAUGUUGAUGCUGUACAUAUACUCCUUCAUAGGUGAACAAUUACAGACAGAGUCCAUAAAAGUAAACGACGCAUACUACGAGGCCAACUGGCUGAAACUGUCGACUCGCGGCCAAAAACUGCUACUACAGUGCAUGUGCAAUGGACGCAGAACACUGAAUCUUACGGCAGCAAAAUUUUACUCCUUCUCGCUGUUCGGCUUUAUCAGUGACGAGGAUAUACAAAUAAAAGACGUGCUAGUCCUAAACGAGCGCAUCUUUUGGAUGUGCGACGCUUGGCCACUGAGCACUUCCUACAAGAAGUUCAUCAUUUACAUGUCCUACCUCUCCUUCCACAUCGUGAUCAUGUACAUGGACCUGUACGACGUGACGGGUGACUUGGGCCUCAUGGUGGAGAACAUAAUAAACAACACAAUCAUUACGACAACAUAUUUAAUGCUGUUUCUAUUACGAUUCAGCAAAUUGAUUAAGAGUGCGGUCGCUAUGGUGAAACGCGAGCUCGCGGAGGAUGAUUUUCGAAAUAACGAGGAGAGACAGCUGUAUCUGUCUUAUAAUAUCAUCUGUGACAAUUUUGGCAGAUACGCUGUGAGAACGACGAUUGUUAUAGUGGUGAUGUUGUACAGUACGCCUAUGUUGAAACUGUUGAAAUCGGCCUCAGGAGAUGGUAAUACCACAAAUAUUUGCGAAAUGCCAAUACGAAUUCGACCAUUUCUGAAUUGCGACAGUUUAGGAAACUAUAUUCUGAUGUACGUGUACGAGUGGCCAGUGAUGGGAACAGGGAUAUUUCAUAUAAGUAGUAUAAGUCUGCUACUUAACUUGGUAUUACACGUGUGUGCUAAGUUUGCGAUUUUAUCGUAUCGUAUACAAAACGUCGUAGAGGACUCUCAAGACUCUUUCCAACGAAAAGUUAAGGAGUUAGUGGAAAGACACGUGGAACUAAUAUCGGUGGCGAAUACUAUCAAUGCAGCGUUGCAAUUCAUCCUCGCGCUGGAACUUUUGCAAACAAGUAUCAGAAUGGCUGUAUUGUUAUACACGAUACUUAUGCUAGAGGAUGACGAAGUCAUGGAAAUGUUCACAUACAGCCUAUACGUCAUGAUAGUCACCUCUAUGUUAUACCUGUACUCGUUUAUAGGUGAACAAUUACAGACAGAGUCCAUAAAAGUAAACGACGCGUACUACAACGUUAACUGGCUGAAACUGUCGACACGCGACCAGAAAUUGCUACUGUAUUGCAUGUGCAAUGGACGUAGAACACUGAGUCUUACUGCAGGAAAAUUCUACUCGUUCUCGCUGUUCGGUUUUAUCAAACGCAAGCAAACCCAAGUAAAAGACCCGCUCAUAAUAAACGAACGCGUCUUCUGGCUAUGCGACGCCUGGCCUCUGAACAAUUCGUACAAGAAAUUCGUGAUGUACAUGUGCUACUUCUCGAUUCACUUGGUGCUCAUGAACCUGGACCUGUACGACGUGGUGGGCAAUUUGCAACUCAUGGUGGAUAACAUAGUAGACAACACGAUCUUUACAACAACGUACCUGAUGUUGAUUCUACUACGAUUUAGCAAGUUGAUUAAGAACGCGGUCGCCAUUGUGAAACGCGAGAUCGGGGAGGAUGACUUUCGGAACAUGGAGGAGAGAGAAUUAUACCUGCAUUACAAUAUGAUCUCUUACAAUUUUGGCAAAUACACAGUGAGGUUCAUCUGUGUUCUAGUGGUAUUGUGGUAUAGUAGUCCUCUGGUGGUACUGUUGAAUUCGGGCUCAGGAGAUGCCAAUAGUUCAAAGAAUUACCAAAUACCGAUACGAGCACGUACUUUUCUAGAUUACGAAGACAAUUUACGAAACUAUAUACUGAUGUACAUGUAUCAAAUACCUCUGAUGCCUACAGGAGUGUUCCAUCUGAGUACUAUUAUUCUGAUACUGAAUUUGGUAUUACACGUGUGUGGGAAAUUUUCGAUUUUGUCGUAUCGUAUACGGAACAUCGGAAAAAAUGAUUCGGAACAGCCUUUACAACUGAAAGUUAAGGAACUGGUGGAGAGACAUGUAGAAUUGAUAGCGGUAGCAAAUACUAUCAACUCAGCGCUGCAAUUCAUCCUCGCGCUGGAACUUCUACAAACAAGUAUCAGACUGGCUGUAGUCUUGUACACCAUACUUAUGCUACGGGAUGACCAAGUUGUGGAAUUUCUUACUUACGGUCUAUACGUCAUGUUAGUCACCUGCAUGCUGUAUCUGUACUCAUACCUAGGUGAACAGUUACAGUAUGAGUCCACAAGAGUGAACGACGCAUACUACGAAGUCAACUGGCUGAAGAUGUCCACCCACGACCAAAAAUUGCUGCUAUAUUGCAUGGGUAAUGGACGCAUAACACUGAGUCUUACAGCCGGCAAAUUUUACGUGUUCUCCCUAUUCGGUUUUAUCAGUGUGAGUAAAUCUCCUUCACCGCAAUAA